CAAUCACACGGUGCCACCACCACCCAUCCACUACUCCCACUCCGACCACGCCUCCCAUUCCCCCCCCACCCCAAGUACGCCCAUCCACGACGCCAAAGAUAAGAGUCCCUCGUAUUCCCGGGUUACUCCAGCGCAACAUGUCGGAGCGAAAGAGACGACGGGCCUUUGCGCCCCGGGCCCGCACCGGGUGUCGCACGUGCCGGAUCCGCCAUGUGCGCUGCGAUGAAGCCCCCGGUUCGUGUUACAAUUGCUCCUCCACCGGGCGGAAAUGCGAUGGCUAUGACCAGACCCACUUGCCUCUGGCCACCGCCCGGUCUCGCAAGUCCAUCGUCUUGCAGAUGCCCGCCAGCAUCGCGACCAAUCUGCGCGGAAUGACCCCGGAUGAACGCCGCGGCUUUGCCUUUUUUCUCACCCAAACCGUCCCCAUGAUCACCAGCUGUUUCAAUUCCGACGUCUGGCAGCGGCUGGUGCUGCAGAUGAGCCAAGCCGAUCCCGCCGUUGGCCAUGCCGUCGUCGCCCUCAGCGCCAUGCACCAGGAUACCCAGCUCCAACACAUCACCCUCCACCACAGUCCGCUCCGUCGCUUUGCUCUCGAGCAGUACAACCGGGCCAUCUCUAUGCUUCACACGCGACUCCCGUCUAACGAUCCGCAACUGCGAGGGGUGGUGCUCAUGUGUUGCUUCGUUUUUGUCACUUUGGAGCUACUGCAGGGCGAUUAUCCCGCAGCCAUGGCGCACUUGCAGAAUGGGUUGAACAUUCUGGGCAUGAACGGUCCGCGGACUGACCCGGUGUCGGCGUGGGGCAAGGCGCGGGGAUUAGAGAUGUCUACAGGGGGGACGGAGAUGGCCCUGGUGGGCGCCUUUCGACAUCUCCAGGUCCAGGCCGUCCAUUUCGCGCCGCCAGGUUCAGCCGUGCACUCCCGCCCGGAACAGUUCGAGGAGAUGGACGAACAGCGCCCAUUUCACAGUUUGGCUGGGGCCAAAGAGGCCCUCGAUCCGAUUUUAAGCGACGUCCUAUACGGGUUUCAGAUCCGCUGCGAGUUUGCCGUUCAAGGGGACGCUACUGAUUUCCUUACCCUCUCAGUCGAGCGCCACUAUCUCCUGCGCCGACUGAAGACGCAUCGGGUGGCGCUGGAAGCGCUCGUCGCACAGGGGGAUGGCGAGUGGAGCCCUCGCGACCUCCGUUGCAUCAAUAUUAUGCGAUUGCACCAUACGACUCUCGGCGUCCUUUUGGGCACCUUGCUGAAUCUUUCCGAAAUGACCUACGAUGCAUACCUUGCCGAGUUCAACGAAACGGCCGACCUAUCGGAGAGGGUUGUCGAAAGCUUAAUGCAGGAAUACGGGGGCGGUGGCUUUCCGAAGAUGGUGAUGGAUAUGGGAGUGAUCCCCGGGCUGUUUUGGACCUUUUUCAAGUGCCGCGAUACGAGUUGCCGUCGGCGAAUCCUGAAGAUCUUGGAAGCAUGGCCACAUCGGGAGGGGCCAUAUGAGUCCAACCUGGUUCUGCAUGUUCUGCGGACCCACAUGGAGGUCGAGUGUGAAGGUGAACAAAUCAUCACCGGUGCUGAUGGCCAAACCACGACUAUCAUUCCGGAAAGUCGGCGGGUACGAGAGGCGUGUCUCGAGAUCUCGCCGGAUCGGGGAGAUAUAUUCCUGGCAUAUCGAUUAUCAGGCGACAGUCAAAUGCAGAAACGGCGAGUUCCGAUGGCGGAUGAGAAUUUUCGAUCUUCGUUGGACGAAGUCUCUCAGGGGAGUACUCAGUAUCUUUGGCUUACUUCUCAUCAGACUUCGCUUUCGCCAGCUCAGGCUGUUACCCCUGGAGAUCUGUGUCGUUUCGCGGGUCACCUGCCGGUAAUUUGGCGUUGUACGACUUGAUGUCAUUGUUGAGACUCCACUAUGUUGUACGAUGUCACCUUCCACGAUUUAUUCAAUAUCUAAUCUCCUGUACAUAUCAACAUCAUCAGUGUCAUGUUACAGUAAUAUGACAGAACGUAAAUGCAUCUGCGUUCUCCCUACAAUCACAUCAAGUC